GAUACUCGGCAACGCCCUGGUCCCGUCCGAGGCGGGCCCGGCAACAAUUCCUGGGACGAAGAUGACGACAUGCCACGUGCGCUUCCCUCUCUUCCACAUCAUCAGCCACGUCAGCUUCUCCGUCCCGAACAGCAGCAACAGCAGCAGCAACAGCAGCAGCAGCAGCAGCAGCAGCAGCAGCAGAAACUGCAGCAGACACGUCAGGCUCCCCCGAUACAGCCACGCAGACCCCAGGCUUCGUUAGAAGAACUUCCGCCCUCCCGCGGAAAGCAAAACUCUAGAGACGCGUACGACCCGGAUGAACAGUACGAACCGCGUUACUCGAACCAGCGUGAUUCGCGGGAUACCAGGGAGCAACAACCGUACGAUCGGAACAACUGGCAAAGAAACCCGCCGGUGCCAGCUCAGCAGCGGCAAAGCGGCGGCGGCUCGGUUCCGUACAGGCGUCCGGUCCCCCAGCCAGAGUCUGAAACGGAAACUGAAACGGAGGGGGAGGCUGAGACGGAAACGGAAUUCGAGACGGAAGUUGAGACGGAAGUAGAGACGGAAGUUGAAACAGAGGUCGAAACAGAGGCGGAAACAGAGGUGGAGGAGACGGAAACGGAAUUUGAGGCGGAGGAGGUAGAGGAGGAGGAAACGGAAGUGGAGGAGGAAGGGGAGGGGGAAGGAGAGGGAGAGGAGGAGGCGGAGGAGGAGGAUAAGGAGAACAUUUUGGAGCAAGUAUCGGAGCUGUUGAGUCAGAUUGAGGCGAUGAUUGCAGCAGGGCCCCAUGGGAAACUAGACGAGUACCUCCCAGUGGUUGAUCUGCUGCUGAACGUGCGGAAGGUGCUGGCGGAGGUGGGGGAGAAGGAGUCGGGGCGCCGGGCGGACAUGCUGCUGCGGACUGCCAUGGAGGACUUGGACUACGAACUAAGAGACAUUCUUAAGCGGCGCAGCAAGCAGGCUUCUGCCCGCUUCAGUGUAGACGAGCUCAAGAGGCUGUUCCAGGCGGAGUUCCUGCAUGUGCUUCCUUUUCCCUCACCCUCCCCCACCCACCCCCUGUGCCCCAAGCAGGCAUCCGCGCGUUUUUCAGUGGACGAGCUCAAGAGGUUAUUCCAGGCGGAGUUAGUGCACGUCUUUGCCCCUCCUCACCUCACCCCCCCCCUCUCUCCCCCUUUCUUCCCUGCCCUUCCCCCCAGCAAGCAAGCGUCCGCCCGCUUCAGUGUAGACGAGCUGAAGAGGCUGUUCCAGGCGGAGUUCCUGCACGUGGGGAGUGGGGAUUCCGCAGGGGAGGAAGGGGAGGAGAAGGGGGAGGGGCGGGAGGGGCGGGGGGGCAGAGAGGGGAGAGGAGGGGCGGAUGGGGAGGAUGAGGGACUUUUGAGUCCAGGGGAAAGGGGGGAGGCGAGGGGCGAGGGAAGGGGGGGGAGGAGGGAGGGGAGAAAAGAAGGGGACUUGGAAGGGGACGAGAAGGCUGGUGGGGAAGGUGAGGAGGAGGAGGGGAGGAGGAAGGAGAGGAGGAAGGUUCCUGAGCUGUUUCCUGUGAGCACGGGGCGGUGGUUGAAUGAGGCGGCUGGGAGGAUGGUGCAAGGAGGGGCGGGAGGAAAGUGCGUGGAAGCUUACAGGUCUGUGCGCGUGGAGGCAGUUAAAGCCCUGAUGGAUGAACUGAGGCUGGAGGAUGUGCUGAGUCCCGGGGUGAUUCAUGAAGCGCCGUGGAGAGUGCUUGAGCAGGCUUCCAAGGAGUGGGUGCAGGCGGCUUAUAUCAUUGUGAGUCUCCCUGCAGAAUCCCACAAGAAAGGGGUGAUUCGCAAGGCACAAGGCACUGUGGAGGGUGCUGAAGAAGGCUUCAAGGGAAUAAGUGCAGGCCGUUUCUAUCAUUGGGGCGUUGAUAAUCCCCAUGGAGCAUCAGACGGCCAACGAGGCUUGGAGGGGCAUGGAUGGAUGGACACACAGAGGCAGGAGGGAGCGUUGAUAAUCCCCAUGGAGCACCAGACGGCCAACGAGGCUUGGAAGGGCAUGGACACUCAGAGGCGUGCCGCCCUAAGGAGCGUGCUGGAGGACGGCGGCGUCGGGCGGCGGGUUUUGUUUCUAGCGGACGUGCUGAGGGCCAUCGUAUCACGGCGGAUGGCAGAGCAGCUGUUUUCAUUGCUGGAUGCAUAUCAAGUGGUGCAAGAGAUCAUGCCGGAGCUCGCUGCCACAUUUCAGGACCUCAAGGUCAGCAAUGUGUGGGGGGCGUGUGAGGGCCUGCCGCUGCUGCUGGGGCGAGCAGUGGCAGCAUGCUUCCAGCGCCUCAAGCUCUUACUGGAGGACUCUGCUGCUUCUAAUCUCGCUGAUGCUAUGCGGAAACCCGUUCCCGCCAAGAAAGCAGCCCUGAGCUUUCUCACGCGCAGUGCCACCAGCAACAGCAGCACGGCGGUGGCACCAGACGAGUCGGUUUAUGAGAUUGUGCCGCGAGGGGGCGCUGUGGAUUCGAUCACGAGCUAUGUUGCGAAUUACAUCCGCAGCUACAUGCAACGGCAAGGAAGGAGAAGCUACGUGGAUUCCCUCACAUCUCUCUUCUCUCUUCUUGAGGCUCAUCCAGACGAAGACCCCAGCUCCCUCACAGCAGAUUUUGCCCUCCUCUCUCUCCCCGCCUCCUCCUCCCUCUCCCCUCUCGCCUCCUCCAAUCCGAUCGCUGCUGCUGCCGCCGCCGCCACCAUGAACGCCACGUCAGCAUCUGCCAUGUCAGCAAACGGGAGGGCGCCAGGUGUCGGGAGGAGCCUGGAGAGCGAGACAGCUCAGCUGGUGAUGGCUCUAAGGAGGAACCUAGAGAUUAGAGCAAGGCUCUACCCAGAAGAGGAGUUACAGCAGCUAUUCCUGAUGAACAACCUCAACUAUCUCGUCAAGUCCAUGAACGACUGGCACGGGUGGCACGCACAGGGCAUUGAAAAGAACUUGUCUGCUGUGAGAAGGGAGGGUGCCAAGGACCUCAUGGUGGCGUUAGCAGACCUGCAUGACGACAGAGUGGUGCAGCAGCAUGCAGGGGCUUUCCAGUCUCUCGCCCUGCUCAAGGUCAUGACGGCCCUGAGCACCAAUGAGGAUGCGGUUCAGCCAACACACAGAACUGCUGCGGAUUAUGUCAAGGCAGAGAUGCAACGUCUGAAGAGGUUCAACUCGGCGUUUGAGGAGCUCCAAGAGAGGCAGAGGCACUGGACCAUCCCUGAUGAUGGGCUGAGGCGGAAGAUUCGGGCCAAGUGGGCCACGAGCAUCAAGGAGCGAUACAGAAAGAUGCUGCUGCCAUACUGGGAUGACUUGACAUCAUGCAAGUUCUAUGCGUUUACACCAGAAAGAGUAGAAGAAAUCAUUGAGCACACUUUCUUCAUGGACCCUUCUGAAUGA